GAAGACUCGGAUUUGGACUUUGAUGUAGAUACAUUUGAGAAAAAAACCAAACAGUCAGCUGCCAAAUUAUCAAAGUCUAAUAGGACUCCAUCAGAAGUGGAUGACAGGUUUUUUAAACUGUCAGAAAUGGAGGCUUUUUUGGAUAACAUGGAUAAAAGAGAAGGAAAGGAGAGUGUAGAGGAGGACAUAGACUACUUUCAGAAUUUGCCAUCUGAUGAUGACGAGGAACUCAGCUUUGAUAAACCAGUAGGGCUGAAAAAACAGAGAAAGAAGAAAAGCUCCAGAGAUAUGAAAUACAAAGAUUUCUUUGCUCCAGUGGAUGGAGAGCCUGAACAGACGGAUCCAGAUGAAGAGAAGGAACCAGAAUCUAAUGAUGAUUAUGAGGGAGAAGAAGAUGAUGACGGUGAGCUGGAGGAGGAGGAUGAAGAGGAUAUGAAUGAGGAAGAUUUUGAUGUGGAGGAGGAUGACACGGGUGAUAGAGCAAGAAAUGCAUUACGCAAGGUGACCUUUGACCUUCCUGAUGACAGUGAGGGUGAGGAUGUGGAAGAUAUUCUAGGUGGAAAAGCCAAAAAUGUGGCUAAACUCGAGUCCAAGUCAUCCUUUGAAAAGAGACAGGAAAAGAUGGCAAAAAAGAUUGAAGAACUGGAGAACGCU